UGGGCCUGUCGCGCGCACCCACCCUCUGCGUCCCACAUCUGGCCCCGGGGACAGCUACCCCAAGCCUCCCUCCAGCCGCAGCCGCUCGAGAAAGUUCACGGACCCCUGAGUCCCCAGGCUGAUCUUCUGGUGUACAUCAUGUCUACUUUUGAAGAUGCCGACACAGAAGAGACAGUAACUUGUCUCCACAUGACUGUUUAUCAUCCUGGCCAGUUGCAAAGUGGAAUAUUUCAAUCCAGAACAUUUUAUGAUAGACAGAAAUUCCCUUCYACCGAAGUGAUAAAAUUUGGACGGAAUUCCAACAUCUGUCAUUAUGUUUUUCAGGACAAACAGGCUUCACGAAUCCAGUUUUCUCUGCAGCCAUUUAAACAGUUUAACAGCUCAGUUCUCUCUUUUGAAAUUAAAAAUAUGAGCAGGAAGACCAGUCUGAUUGUGGACAGCCAGGWGCUAGGCUACCUAAAUAAAAUGGACUUGCCCUACCGGUGCAUGGUCAGAUUCGGUGAGUAUCAGUUCCUGUUGGAGAAGGAAGAUGGAGAGUCACUGGAAUGGUUUGAGACACAAUUUCUUUUUUCUCCAAGACCGCUCUUGCAGGAAAACUGGCCAGCACAGAUACCCAUACCUGAGAAUGGCAGCUGUUCAUCCUGUUCUACCCAAAGCCCUCUUCCUACAGAAAUGGAUGAAAAUGAAUUGUGAACCGAGGGUCUAAGAGGAGAAACAUGAAGGAUGAAGGACAGAUUGGAGACAUUCUGCUUAUUAAAAGUUUAUUAGUUUAGUACAUCAUAGUCAUCUGUUAGGCUGCCAAGUUUGGGAUUUGUUAUUACCAUCGUGUUGUUACUCAUCGUCUUAGUCACCUGUUGCACUUCUGGAUCUAUGAAGAAUUAAGUGUACAUUAGUGAGGGUUAGUGUGUAAAAAUAUCCUUGUGAUGAAAUUGUGUUCUCAAAAUAAGGUCAUAUAUUUUCUUUUUCUUCUUGAUAUCGGUUGGGAUUUGCUUUUGUAAGGAAUUAUAUCUUGGUUUGGUCACAUCAUUUCACAGCUGCCAUUAAUUUUCAAGGUCAAAGCUCCAGGCAGGUUAUUAACUGGUGUCUAUAGCCUGUUAGUACUUGUAGAACCAGAGUACUGGAAUGAGUUCUAGAGUUCUGUCUGCAAGUCAUUGUGGCUUAAAUAUAAGGAGAAACAAUACCUUG